AUGCAAAUAGAUGAAACUGGGGAUUACAAGAGUGGUAGUCUGGAAGUUGUAGUCAAUCAGAUGAUCGGGGAUGACUCUGCCUUCGAUUGUGAAGGGUGUGCUUAUAUAGCUACAAAUCCGGCACGUACAAGUUUGAAGUUUGUCCAAAUUGCGACUGAAUCACCAAAGGGGGAGAGGCUUAAGAUUUUAGGUGGACUAGAUAAGAAGGAGACGGCAGGGCCAACUGCUCUAGCCUUCGGAAGCGGGGAAAAUGAUAGUGACUGCAUCUAUGUAGUGACAUGCGGUGGAGUCGUGAAUCCAAUUGGUGAUAAUGAACCAGGGCAAGCAUUGAUGGCCAACGUUCGUAUUGGAGUGAGAGGCGAGGCUUGA